GGUCCGCAUGCAGUUCGGAGUUGUUGCCGAGGAGGUUCCACUCUUCAGCGCUCCUCAAACUGGCAUGCGUCCUACGCCUCGGCCGAGCAGCGGGGGACUGCACUUCUCGUCACGAUGCCACUCUUUCCCGAGCGCAGCUGUCCCGGACGCCGGAGCAGGAGCGCGCUCUGCUACGUCCUGUGCGUCAUUUCAGGUGCUGUGUGCAGUCAGGUGGUGGUGCCUCAGAGAGUGAGCGCCGUGCUGGGAAAGAACGUGACUUUAAACUGCCGGGUGGAGUUUGGCACCAACCUCAGCCUGACUCAGAGUUCCUGGGAGCGCCGCCUACCGUCGGGCCCCUUCACUGUGGCCGUGUAUAACCCGGACCUCGGCACCUUCAUCCCGCCGGAGUACAUCAACCGCUUGUAUUUCCGCUCGCCCUCCUCUCACGACGCCACCAUCAUCCUGGAAAACGUGGGCUUUUCAGACGUGGGGGUCUACACCUGUAAGGUAGCUACGUUUCCUCUGGGAAACACCCAGGCCUCCACUACCGUCAGUGUCCUUGUGGAGCCAAAGGUCUACGUUUCUGCCGGCUCGGCCGCCCUGAUCGACGGUGGCAAUGACACCGUGGUGGCCACCUGCAUCGCCGAGCGAGCCCGGCCCCCCGCCGAGGUGUCCUGGGAGUCCAACCUCUUCGGCCAGUCCGAGGUGCAGCUGUUCGACGACGUCAACGGCACGACCAGCACUCAGGUGCGCUACAUCUGGCAGCCCACGCGCCACGUGCAGGGCCACACGCUGACCUGCGUGGUGCGCCACCCCGCCCUGCAGAGCGACUUCCGGAUCCCCUACCAGCUCAACGUGCAGUUUGCUCCUGAUAUAUCAGUGGUGGGCUAUGAUGGAGACUGGUAUGUAGGCCGAGACAAUGUUCAGAUGACUUGCAAAGCCAACGCCAACCCACCGGCUCAUCACUUCAGAUGGAUCAGAUUGGACAAUGACAUGCCGCAAGGGGUGGAAACGAGAAACAGCACCUUGCUUUUCCUGCGCCCCCUCCAGCGGAACGACUCCGGCGUUUACAGGUGCGAGGUUGCCAAUGACAUUAACCUCCGCAGCCGAGACGUGCGCAUCCUCAUACAAGAUCCUCCCAUCAUGCCUUCCACCAUUACCGCUCCUGUCCUAACCGGCUCUUCCUCCUCCACCUUUGUGGUCGAUAAGGGCCACGUGCUCCUGAGCUCCCCUACGCUCGAAGCCCUGCCUGAAAGUAAUCUUGGUUCCGUGGUGGGCGGGGCCGUGGGCGGGGCCUUGUCCCUGCUUCUGGUGUUGUCUCUGGUCGGCGUGUGUUACCUACGGAAACCGCAGACUUUCCACGGCAGCUACUACGCUAAGCAGAGCCCCGGCGAUCUGCAAAAGGCCCCCGGGCAUCACGAACUGCGGCCCACCAGGACCGGCGGCGGCGGCUCGUGCAGUCGGGACCACGACCGGGAGGAGUGGGGUGACCGCGCGCUCAAACACGAGCGAGACUACCAUCGCUAUAACGAGUACAACGGAGAGAAGUAUCCCAUCAACGGCUACACCAGGGCCAUGAGGGAGAGCGGCCGCCUCAGCCGCCAGCAGACUCUCCAUCAGGAAAACGUGCAGCCCUCUAGUCCGCAGCGGGCCAGGUGCACCAGGUACCCUCACCCGCCUAAAGCGCAGGGAAACGGCGCCCCCUACCUGUCGGCUGACGGCUACAAUGGCGGUGCCGAGGGUGAUUACGUGUCUCACACAGACGGCUCGGUCAUCUCGCGUAGAGAGUGGUACGUUUGAUAAGCUGCACUGUUCUGCAGGAGCAGAAAUGCAAUCAAGGUUGUUUUUUUACUAUUAAGAAAAACACUUUAUUGUACAUGUAGACACUCCUCUGUUUGUUGUUGUUUUUUUGUUUGUUUGUUGGGGUUUUUUUUGUUUUUUUUACGACCCUUUUGAGACUGGAUGGUUUUAAUUUGGUUGUGGAUACACUGGGAACUCUUCAGUCAUCUUGACAGCCCGGUGAAACUGGGAAUCUUAGUACUUCAUCUGUAUAGAAAGAAGCAGCCGAAACUGAAGUGUGUGCUGUUGCUGCCUUACGACAUGGACCGCCACAGUUAAUUUAGCAUUACUGAUGUCUUCUCAGUUGAAGCCCCGUGGCUGUAACGAUGGGUCAAAUUCAAGCUCGCCAAUUGGUCAUUUCGCGCCAAUUUACCUGGUUUACUAGUUUGAUGCGUAAAACUCUCUCAAGAUAAUAAGUUGCUUGCAAAGUUUCUGUAGCUCUUUGUAAAUAUGUUUUAUUUGAAGUCUCAUCUGUCUAUUCUUCCACUAAAUUUGGAUUGAGACUAAAAUUCAACAAUAAUGGGAUCCUGUAGAUAGCUAAGCAGUCAUCGCCAAACUCUUUAUAGUGAUCAAAUUGGUGAUGAUGAAUAUUUCCUUUUGAUUGAUCUGAAAUCAUUUGGUUACUGUAAAACCGAAGUCGUGAAAUGUUUACUCGGAUCAGGGUGUUGCAUAUGUUGUGUACAUACUUUUAGAAUAUAAGUAUUUAUGGAGGAGAUUCAGAAUUUUGCAUGGUGGGACUGCCAUGACGUCUUUACGACAUGAACUGAGCGGGUAGGUUGAGCAGAUGUGGCGUGUACAUGACUUGUGUUUGAUAGUUUUCUUGUGUUCGCACCCGUUCACACAACCUCUUAACAUUUCUUUCUUUUCUGCUGGUCUGGUGUUUUAAAAACCUGGAGGUAAACCCAUAGGAUUUAAACAAAUCAUUUCCCAAAACUCGUUCUGCAAGAUUACCACACGAAAAGUUUGUCACCAUGACAAAUUGGAUAGAUUUUGAACUUCAGACUACAUUGUGUUCAUCAAAAUCUCUGCCCUUAUGUAAAUCCUGAUGUAAGAAUGUAGGGCAGAAGGACAACUAACAUAAUGGCAACUUUAGUUGUAAGGGUCAAACAACAAAGGGCAAUCAUUGAAACCUACAAAAAUAAGAGAAACUAGCAGGGAAAACACUUCUGUAAUAUUUUUAGCUCAUUCUGGGAAGAGUUCCAGGUUAGUUAUCCUCAUCAGUUAGCCAAGUAUGUUCAGUUUCCUGCUGCCUUGUUAUAUAACGAUGGCUCUGUUUAAGAGUUUGGUCGCUGGCUCCAGAAGAGUGCUAUCAGCGGGGGGUAUAGUUUGAAGCUGGCUACUGCAAGGCAGCCGCCACACGCUGGUCUCCUCGACAAAAAACUGCUUUGUUACAUGAUUAAUUUUGGUUUGUAUUAUACUUUUACUUUUUUUUGUCGAAACAUUUUCCCACCCUAAGCCACCAAUAGGUUUCUCAUGUUUCCAUCAUGCGUUGCCGCUCUCUAAAAAAUUAAUUCACAGCACGGCAGAUAUAAACCUGAGCUAUGAAGAUGCGUCAGGUCCGUCGUGUUGAACUUGUUACUCUCACCUGUGAUUAUCCGCACUUUUCACUCUUUCACUGCACAGAGACAGAAAAUAUCCCGCUGCGCUCAUAAAAUUAAAGCUACGAAAACAUGUAACGCUUGAAAACGAGACGGGAUGUAACAAGAUGUACCAAGUACUGUGACUUACCUUUUUUAUUUUAUUUCUUUAUUCUAAUUUUUUUUUUUUUUUUUUUUUUUUUACUUCUCAGUGUUAUCGGGCUGAAGAGCUCUAGUAGUUCAGGUCUCAAACAUUCACAAAAUAAUGUGAUGUAAAGUUUUGUACGCAGGAAAAAAAAAAAAAAAAAGAGGUAUUCUGGCACUUGCACCCAUUUACUUGACCACAUGAAGGUGAUCCAACUGUUUCUUUCAUGUUUCUUGAUUGUGAAUGAAUGCCAACUUUAGUAGUAUGGUCCCACCUUUUACAACACGUGCUGCCAGAUGCCAAAUCUAUGGAACUUGAUAUUUAGAAGUAGGGGAAACAUUGUCUAUACAUAAGUAUUAACAACAGUAUCAUCAGCGUAUAUAGAUAACAGAAGAUAUAUCACCGUCGUGUACAGGGUAGCCUGAAGUAGAAGAGAUGCUUUAUUAUAAGAAUAACAGUUGUUAAAAAUGGGGAAAUUGUAUUACAAAAUUAUUUGUCUGGUUGUGACUUUUUGUGCAGUGACUAGGCUGCGGAUGCUCCCAUGAAAUGUGCCGAGGAGCAGCAGAGAAGAGGACCACUUACUGUUGUCAGCAAUGUAAUAGUAUUAAGAUUUCUAGAAAUAAGGUGCACAGUUUCACACACCCUUGGUUCACGACACAAGAAAACUUUAUCUCUACUUAACAAAAAAAAGAGCAAGAAUUCCCAUUAAGUUGCUGCUAUUUUUUUUUUUAAUUGAAUCUGUUAAUGCAAAUAUUCCACCCAGAGCUUUCACGAUUGCUCAAGUAAAAUAGAAAUCUGGAAUAUUCGCUGUAGAGAUAAUUAAGGCUGCCAGGUUAUUUGAUUAGUAUUGCCUACAUGUGGCAAAAAAAUAAAAAAAAAACAGGAAGCACGGCGCGCUGAACCCUGUUUGUGCUCGCUUCUAUGCACUAAAAAGGAAAUUUCUUUAAUCAAUGUCGUUUUUUCAGCUUGGCUCCUCAGUUUUGAGCCACAUGCCUGGAUUUCUGAAGUUCUUUUGUACUGAAGUUUUGUAUCAAGAUCAUCAGUAACCUCACCUUGUGAAAUGUCUAAGUUGAGAAAUACAACUAGUGCCUUAGAUACUUAGAAAAAAUGUUUGUUCUAUUUCUUUUCUUGUUUAUUAUGGAUGCAAUUUUUUUUUUAUUUUUUUUUUUAUCUGAAAUGUAUUUGGUUUGAUUUCACUUAGUGCCAGGAGGAAUUCUUAGUGCCAUAUUCACAUGGACAGAGGAUGUUGGUGUAUAUUUGCAAACCUAGAGGCAUUAAAAAGAAAACUCAGUGAAAGCUUUGAAUGAAUUUUCUCGUGAAAUGAGAGAUCUGUACAGGCGGCUGGUUGGUUGGUCGGUUUCUGUAAUGUCACAAAUGUAAAACAAACAAAAAAAAAAACAGGCUGAUUUACCUUCAGUGUCAUAUUGUCAAUUAAAAAAAAAAAUACUUUUUUGUAUGUGCGCGCGUGUGAGUGUGUGCGUGUGUAUAUAUAGCAGAAAAUGUACAUCUGUGGAAGGAAAAAAGGAUGUUUCAGUGACAGCAGUGGAGCAUUAUUUUGUCAAUCUUUUUGAGAUACUGUUGUUCAAUAAAGCACCUUAGCACCUG